UGUGGUAACUGGUAAUGGCACGGGGGAGGAAACAACACAUUACUAAUUGUCAUGAUGAAUACUUGUAUGAGGACCAUAUUGGAGAAAAAAGUUCUCACAAAAUAUUUGCAUCAUCUAAACAAAACAUAAGUACCGGUGAAGACCAAUUAGACAGUGGAAGCGAUAAUGAGUCCCAAGGCUUAACAAUGUCAAAUAACAUAAAUGGAGAGGACCAAUUUGAUGGUGCUGAUGAAAUUGAGACUAAUGCCAGAGAUGAGGUUGAAGAGGUAAAAAGGCGUGGGAGGACAAAACUUAUUAAUGUUUGGAACAUUCCAAGAGGCCAUAGGAUUGUAGUUAAUUGUAAUGAGCUGAACCAGCCUAUUGGAGAGGAGGCAGGAGUGCUUGCAAAAUUCCUUGGCAUGGUUGCUAGGAAUGGCUCCUUGUGUAGCUUAAGCUUCAAGGAUUGGAGACUACUGAUAGGAAAGAAAGACAUGAACAAUAAACAAAUCAAUAAGGAGGUCAUUCUUAAUCAAGUAAAGGUAAACUUUCACAUUUCUUUUCCGAUUGCUAUUCAUUAAUAGAAUACUUUCACAGAUAUUUUCCAAUGGUUAUGCAGAAGAGAUUUCUUUACCCUGCACGCAUGGAAACAUGGGUACUACGAACAAUUGGAGAGAGAUGGAGGCAACACAAGACCAAUUUGAAAUCCAUUUUUUUUUGACCCACAUAAGAACCAAGAUGCUAAUAAUAGUAAUGCUCCUGAUGGUGUACUAGCUGAUCAGUGGGUUGCCCUUGUCAAUAAUUGGAUGACCCCUAAAACACAGGAUUUAAGUGAGACCAAUAGGAUAAAUUGUACAAGAAGAAAGGCAAUGCAUACAUCUGGAACAAAAAGCUUCGCUAGAAAUAGAGAAGAUUUGAGGGAAAAUGAUCCUGAAAAGAAAUACCCUCACAGGGCUAUUUUGUAUAUCCAUACCCACAAGUCUAACAUCAGCAAGAACAGGAAUGCACAUGUGGGUGAAUUGAAGGCACUUUUAGCACAACAACCUGAUUUAGCAGACACUAGUAAUGGAAAGGUUGCAUGGGAAGGAUAUGCACUAAACAAAAUAUUAGGCGCGGAAAAGCCUGGUCAUGUGCAUGGUUUGGGCCUUGUUCCAAAUCCAAAACAGGUGUUUGACACCUCGACAUCAAGGAGUAUGAAGAAUCUAAAUGUAACCACUUUGGAUGAAACAUCAAGUGAAGAUGUAGUAGCUCUAAGACUUGAAUUGGAAAAACUUCAAAAUCGUGUACAAAAGCAAGAUGAUACUAUACUAGAUUUGCAGCAUGCCUUGGAACAACAGAAAGUGCAGCAUGGAUGUGUAGAUGCUCCUUUAUCGGCACCAAAAGAUGUUCACAAUACUAUGAAACGGAAAGGGGAUGAAAAUGAAGAUGAUGAGUAUGAGGAACUGCAGGCACAAUAAAAAUGUUCUAAAAUUCAGGAUAAGACAAAUGCCUCAGAAGCCCAAUAUGGAAAAUUACACCAAAGCAAAAAAGGUUCUAUGUUGCAAAAGCUCAACUUUAUCCCCUCUUUUGAUGCAUAGAUAAAUCCUAUCUUAUCAAGGCGUACUAUACUUCAAUAAUCUCCAUUCAGCCAACAAUUCAUUCUUUUAACCUAAGUUAGAUUUCUUUGUCUUUGUUCAGUGGCGGGUAACCAUGUGUUUGAUGGUAACCAUUGGAUGUUUGUCUUGGGUAAAAUUGGAUUUAGAUGAAGCUUUCUCUAGUAUUUCUAUUAUAAACUACAAUUUAAUCUUAUAUUCAUUAUUUUGUUAAGUAUUAGUAGUAAGUGAUCAAUUCAUCUGGGAAUUUUGGUGCUUGCCCACUUAAUAUAAUGUGCAGAUCAUGAGGUAGACAGGGUUACUGAAUGAUUGUAAAAUGCAUAGAUGUAGUUGUUUUCCUCACUUUUUUUUGUAAAGGAUUAAUUCUCUAAUCCCUGCUAUGAAUACUAUCUUAAUUACCCAUAAACACAUGUUUAUUGUUGUUAUCUUAACAUAUCACAUCCAUUUUUAACCUACAUUUCGAUGAGCUAUGUUGCUACUGUAUCUUUCCUUUCCCCUUUGGUUUGACAUGGUAAGCAUUAUUCCCUUUUCAGUUUCACCAUGUAACAUGAAGCAAUUUGUAUUUAGUGGCUUCUAGUGAUCAGACCACAUGUGGUAGCAACAUGCUGUUCCUAUUGCUUUCAGAGAUAAUAUGCUCAACCUUUGCAACACUGAGUUGCAUAGAACUACCCUUGUUGAGCUCUCCAAGGUCCCUCCUGUGUCUUUCCUUUUCUGCAGAUUAUAAAUCUCAGCAAUGAAAGAUUUAGCCCGAUUUUAGCUCUAGAGAGAAUUUUUGCCUGAAUUCUUAUUAGUGAAACCCUACAUCUUGUAGUAUGAUAUGUUUUUCUGAGAUUAGGAUGGUUCGGUUUUAAUGCUAGUUGCAGGGGCUAUCAUAUAACUAGUUAAUUAAACAACCUUUCUUCCUGAUCAAAUCUGGGUGUGCAACGACUGCACUAUUUGAAAUCUUGCAGAUUUUAACAUGAGGGUGCAUGGUUAUGUUGUGCGAUUAGAUCCAUCUAUGAAUUGUUUGUGCUUCUACAUUUAGGAACAAUGGGCAAUUAGGAUUUUUUAUGUAUGUUUUGAAUGAUUCUUAAUUGUUGCAGUAACAGUGACAAGAUAGGUUGUUUAAUUAUGUCC